GUCAGGGUGUCUGCUAGAACAGUGUGUCCUCAUCAGAGCGCAGCUUCAGUACUACCGGAACAUUGUGUUACUUUCUGGCUACUUUCCAAGGCCUGUUCGUAUUUUUUUACACUAAACCGCCCUCCCCUCGUAGUUCCCUCCGCCUUCUUCCUAGUGUCAUUUCAAUUCUCCUCUCCUUAGGGCUCACACUCGCGUUUUGAUCUUCACUAAUGUCGGGGGUUUUGAGUGUAAACAACUGCCGGCAGAACAUUCAGUACCCUGUUUUGUUAUGAGAGGGCGGGUUUGAAAUCAGCAGCAUAGCGUGCUUACUUGCGUUGCAGAGCUAGCGGGGAUAUACCGGCUGAAGUUAGCACGAAAGCAGCACACGAGCAAUCAAAAGAGAGAAAAGACAAAAGAUAAAUAGGGUUAGAGUGGCAUUCUCAGGUGCAGAUAUGACCACAGAUAAGGAUCAGUCCAUGGAUGACCAGUCUCCUGCUGUGGUCUUUGCCGUUAAGGGCAUUGACGUCACUCCUAACAAAGACGAGGGAGUUCGCAAGGUGGUGAAAAAACAGGGAGAGGAUGGGGACAGACCCAUGAUCGGGGACAAGGUAGCAGUGCACUACACUGGCAAACUUCUCAAUGGGAAGAAGUUUGACUCCAGUAUGGACCGCAAGAAACCCUUCAUCUUCAAUCUGGGAAAAGGUCAGGUGAUUAAGGGCUUGGAUAUUGGUGUGUCCUCUAUGCAGAGAGGAGAGGUGUGCAUGCUCCUCUGCAAACCAGAAUAUGCUUAUGGUUCAGCUGGAUGCCUCCCCAAAAUACCUCCCAAUGCCAUGCUACAGUUUGAGGUGGAGCUGCUGAGCUUCAAAGGGGAGGUGCUGACGGACGAUGGCGGCAUCACGAGGAGGAUAAAGGUCAAAGGGGAAGGUUAUAAUAGUCCCAAUGAUGGAUCAACUGUCCACGUGCACUUGGAGGGUCGCUGUGGAGAGCGUCUGUUUGACUCCAGGAACGUGCACUUCGUUGUGGGCGAGUCAGAGGACAUGGGUGUUCCUCUGGGUGUAGACAGAGCCAUGGAGAAGAUGCAGAAAGGAGAAUGCUGCAUGCUCUACUUAAAACCCAAGUAUGGCUUUGGGAAAGAUGGUAGAGCACAGCAUAAGAUUGGACCAAACUCAGACCUGAUGUAUGAAGUGACUCUAAAUGACUUUGAGAAGGCCAAAGAAUCCUGGGAAUUGGAUCUAAAGGAGAAACUGGAUUUGUCUGCUAGAGCCAAACAGAAAGGGACCCAAUAUUUCAAGGCAGGGUGUUUCCUGCAGGCGGUGGUCCAAUACCAGCGUAUUGUGUCGUGGCUCGAGAUGGAGUUUGGUGUAGGGAAGGAACAGCAGCAGACGAUCCAGAACUUCCUACUGGUCGCCCAGCUCAACCUGGCAAUGUGCUACCUGAGGCUGAGAGAGUAUGCACUGGUUGUGGAGAACUGCAACAAGGUGAUCGAAUUGGAUGGGAAGAAUGAGAAGGCUCUGUACCGGCGUGGGGAGGCUCGUCUCUUCCGUAAUGAGUUCAGCCUGGCCAUGUCUGACUUUAAACUGGUGCUGCAGGUCAACCCCUCCAACCGGGCGGCACACGGUCAAGUCUCUAUCUGUCAAUGCAAAAUCCGGGAACACCAUGAAAGGGACAAGAAGAUCUAUGCCAACAUGUUCCAGAAGUUUGCUGAACAUGACGUCAAGGCAGGGAAGGGGAAGAGGAGGAGGGGGGAGGACAGUGGAGUGAUGAACGAGAACCAUCAAGUGGCAAUUAAGAGACGCCGCAGGAGUCAGGACCACGGCCAGGACUGUCCUUGAUGCUCCAGAGGAGGCCAGGGGGGCAGGUCUUCCCUCGCUACGCACACAGAGGCAGGGACCAGACGGGGCCAGACCACACCCCUCCACCCUGACCUCAUCAUCCCCUACCUACCCCCCACCAUAUGUGCUGUCCCCUGCACGACAGACAGGGGGCGUGAGUGAGUGGGGAAGGCUGCAGGCCAAACAGCAUUCCUUCUUUCAGUCCUUAACAUGGAAUCCAGUCCAGGUCUAGUCCUGGAACCUCUUGCGUUGCACAAUGCCUCCAAAUGCACACCUCAACUUAACUCAAACCCACAGUCUGCAUUCUGAUGUUGAUAAUCAAAUAUCAUUUUGCCAUUGCAUUUUCUCGUUUGGCACAAUACAGAUGAGCAACAGGUAUCAUUCUAUUUUGGUAGCUUCAAUCUAUUGGUUGAGUUGGCUGGGGUUGCCUUGCACCUUGUGCUUAGUCACAAUUGUAAUCCUCAAUAUACAUAAUUUGGCAAUGUGGAAGUGGUGACACUGUGCCACUAUAACAGACAAAACAGCCGGCGUCAUCGUCACUUAAUUGUCAUAACACCCACAGUCCCAGAAGACUACUUAUGUUAAGACAAUGAGUCAUACAGUAUAUUUGCAGUGACUGAAGAACCCCCCCACUCUUUACUCUUGAACAUGGAGAAUUAACAAGUACAGGCUCAUCCCAGAUAGACCCUUGCAUGGUACAGAUGCUACAUUCUGUGUGGGCUACUCUCGUUGACUGCCCAAAUCAAUGCAAGUCCAAUAAUGAAGCUUUAAGUCUCAGCCCUCCAAGCUGCUGUCCAGUCCUCUCUGACUUCAACCUUGCGUUCCUCCUCCUGGACAAAUGCUUUUUUCACAGUACACCGUUUGAAUUUAAAUUAUGUGACUGAUAAUAUCUAGGGCAGGUUUUUAUUUAACCUUUAUUUUGACAGGGAGUCAUGAAGUUCUCUUCCUCCUCAGUCCUGGAAUGGGUGGCUGUACUGUCUGACUUGUCUUAUUUCCUUUUAAUAAAAGAGUGUUAAAUUAUGGACAAGGAUGCACCUCGAUCUUCAGCUAAGAUUGUAAAAUCACCGAUGUUGUCUUUUAAUGAACAAUAACACUCAAUGACGCCUUGGAUCAAAUCUGGGCUUUCAUUUUUUUGCAUUCAUUGGACAUCUGCCCCUGGUUGUCUUCAUGAUUUUAUAAUUGUUAAACAAAAUAAGGGAGGCUUAUGCUCUCAAUAUAAAAAGAAGCCAUUGACUCCUUGUGUGUGUAUGCUUUUUUUAUUGAAACGUAUCUGUUUAAUUUAAAAUGUAUCUCUGUACCCAACACUAUUUAUUGGGGGUAGUUAACCCACAGUAAUGCCACAAGGUUAGGAUUUAAGUGUAGUGUUGCCAGGACUAGAUAUCACAGCAUGUAAACCUUAUCAAGAGUUUCUAUGUUAAUAACAUCCAUAAUAUUUGUUCACCAAUGCUCUGGAUACAAAUUACCUGCUUCUAUUCAUACUGACCCAACUAUGAAUGUUAUUGGACUACACUGAGCGUUAGACAUAAGAGUCUUACAGUGUUAUAAUACUAUAUGCACCACAUACUGUACAGAAUCCGUUGUAAGUGUUAUAAACAUGACACAGAUGGUAUUGAAUUAGAUUUUUUUUAUUUAACCUUUAUUUAACUAGACAAGUCAGUUAAGAACAAAUUCUUCUUUACAAUGACUGUCUACCCCGGACAACGCAGGGCCAAUUGUGCGCCGCCCUAUGGGACUCCCAAUCAUGGCUGGAUGUGAUACAGCCUUGAAUCUAUGUUUCAACAAAUUAAUAAAGGGAUACUUUGG